CACUUGUCACCUCUCCUAGUAAAACCAGCCAAUUUGAGAUAAUCUGUUAUGGUCAAAUUAACCCCCCAGCUAUUAUGAACUUGUUUCCCAUCUUCACCCUCCCAUGGCCAUGUCCUCCACUUUCCUGCUUUCCCUCUCCCCACACCACAAUCCAGUACCCUCUCAUAACCCCAUUUUGCCAUUCAGACCCAAUUUCAUCCUCUCCAGAAGAAAUUUCAUUUUCACCACCACUUCACUGAGCUUUCUCCUCCUUCAAAGUCAGCAUCUUGCCACAUCUUCUGCUGUUGAAACUUCAUCACCACCUUCGCCUCCACCACAAUCGCCGUCGUCUAUUCUCUCGGGAAUUGUCAAUACUAAGUCUUGGUUCCAGUUUUAUGGUGAUGGAUUUGCCAUCCGGGUCCCACCCCAGUUUGAGGAUAUCAUGGAGCCUGAGGAUUAUAAUGCUGGGUUAUCUUUGUAUGGAGAUAAGGCUAAGCCAAAAACUUUUGCUGCACGGUUUGCUUCUACAGACGGGUCUGAAGUUUUAAGUGUUGUGACUCGCCCAUCUAAUCAAUUGAAGAUCACAUUCUUAGAGGCCAAAGAUAUCACUGAUUUUGGCUCCUUAAAAGAUGCAGCUAAAAUUUUUGUUCCAGGUAUUCCUUGCAUGGGCCAUUUGCAUCUAGAGUAUUCACGUCAUUUCCCUACUUUCCUGCUCUUCCAUAGCCAUCUUCUUUUCUCGGAUUGGUUUAGUUAUCAAUAUCCAUAUCAUCCUGUAGGUGGAGCCACUCUUUAUUCUGCCCGCACUAUAAAAGUGAAGGAAGAUGAAGGGUUUAGGUAAGUAAUGGUUUUAAGAAUACAUUGUUAAAUGUUAUUACCAUUUCCAGUUUUUUUUUUUUUUUAUUUUUGUUUAUGUUCCGUUGGGGGUGAGAUAAACUAUGAGGGAAGAACAUUAGGAUUGUUAAGGCGAGGAAAGAAAAAGCAUGAAAUGAAGGUCUUGUAACAUUUGCUACCGUUUAUUUAUGAGCAGUUCAAUUGUGGGAAAACAUCUUUUAAUUUCAAUACGUUAACAGAAGGUUCACCACUCAUUAAUAUUCUGGAGUAAUAAUACUUUUUCUCCUUUUUUUUUAUGAAACUUGUUUCAGGACUUAUUACUUCUAUGAAUUUGGUAGAGAUGAGCAACGUGUUGCACUGGUAGCUGCUGUAAAUAGUGGAAAAGUAAGUUGUUCGCACUCGUACAUGGUUGUUGAUCCUGCUUACUUUGACAUUACUACUGUUGCCUGAGCUGAUUGCUAAUGAAAUGAUUACUUCUUUGUCACUAACAUUAACCAACGCCCAAACUUUUGAAUGAAUUAAACUAUGAGUUGUUUUACAUUGAGAUUAACUAUUUCAUAAGCAAAAUGCAUUAGAUAGAAACAUAUAAUAAGCUAGUUGUUGUUAGGUGUCUCUACCCUUCUUCCUCUCAAGCUUUCUUAAUUAGUUGAUUCCUCCUAAUUAGGCAGGCAUCUCAUUGCUCUUAGAUCAAGGUCAUCUGAACUCGUUUUCAUAUUUUAUGAUCAGGAAACUUUUGUUACAUCAACAGCCCUGUAACCUGUUUUUCAAAUUUGUUAGGCUAUCAUUGCCGGGGCUACUGCACCUCAAUCCAAGUGGGACGAUGAUGGUAUGAAGCUUCGUUCUGCUGCGAUCUCAUUGACAGUCCUUUAGUAUCUUGCCUAAUGAAAGAACGUCACUGUUAGUUUUGGCGAAAAAGAUCGUGACAAGAUUGAAAUAUGUUCGACAUUGACUGCUGAUGGCGCAAAGAGAUCUUGCUGCAACAUGUUUUGUUAGAUUGUUAUAGUUCAGACAUCUUAUAGAUGGGUUUCAAUUGGUGGCCGGAGACCUGCAAAUAUAAGUUGGGGAAACACCACCAAAUGAGCCAUUUGAGCUAGUGAACUUCUUGUUGGGUUGUUCAUUUUGCUAUGUUAAAUACUUUAAAAUGUAAUUUUCAACUUCUCUGUAAGAAGGAACCAAUUUUUUGAAUAUAUGAGGUUCUCUUCUUCUAUAAGACUUUUUUGUUUCACUGGCAAUACUACAAUUGUAAAGAUUUACUCUUUGGUAAUUUACAUAACCGUCCCUGUCACGAUAACCAAG